AUGGUUCUCCCUCCCACGAAGUUAGAUGAUGUGACGGUCCCAGACUUCCUCAGCCUCCUGCAGCUCAAUGUCUUCGGCGUUUUCUUGGGAUGCAAGUAUGCGCUGCCCUACUUACGGAGAACAAAAGGAAACAUCAUCAACAUGGGGAGUCUUUACGCCGAUCUUGGCAUUAAGGAUGGCUUGACGUAUGCUGCAAGCAAGGCUGCCGUUAUAUCAAUGACCAAGUGCAUGGCAAUCCAUGAGAGCCAGUACGGAGUACGAGUCAACUGCAUUUCACCUAGUAACAUCUUGACGGGUAUGUGGAAAAGAUACGCGGCGCUGGGACCAAAUCCAGCGGCUGCAAUUCAGGAAGGCAAAGAUUAUCAGCUUAUGGGACGUUUUGGGACGCCAGAAGAGGUGGCCUUGGCUGCUCUUUUCCUUGCUGCCGAUGGGACUUUCUGUACUGGUUUGAACCUGAUGCUGACUGGUGGAGCUGAACUGGGCUUUGCGAAGAAGAGCCAGGUGGCUCCCAAACUUGGCCCGAGUGCAGGUGGCAACUCGCAGGACUCUUCUGAGGAAGCAGGGUGGGGGACGGGAGACCGCAGCGCUUCCUCGUUGGGCUGGGGAGAAGAGCUGACUGUCUAGCCGUCCUUGACCCCAAGUCCUCUUUCAAGGAAGAUGAGCGGCAGGUUCGCCUGUCAUAGUAAAAGCCGCCCAAAGUCCUGUGGCCCUUUAUGGACCAACCAGUUCAGAGAGGCCACAGUGAGGCCUCUGCUCUUCCUUCAUUUACCCUCACCUUGUCUAUUUGUUUCUCUUAUUCCAGCCCCUUUAAAAUUGUAUCUGGGCAAACUUUAGAUGCUUGUAAAGGAAGGCUCUGCAUGGCAGGGGCUCAGGCCUAACAGAAAAACCAACAAGCGGGUUUGCUCCUGUGCCUUUAACAGCAGCACAGCCUGCAGCCAGUAGCCGAUGACGAUACCUUUCCGGAAGCUACUCAUGGGAAUGGAUCAAGCAUCUCUUAAAGGCGCAGGAGCUCAAAAAAAGGCACAUUGACGGUGCUGUUCAAACGCCGCAUCUGCUUGUUUCCGUGUCUGUGUAGCGGGGCUGAAGCUUGCUGCUGAGGCAGAACAUUAGGGGAGGGAUGACAUCAAUAGCUGCUGUUGGGUCAGCACUGGAAAACUGCCAUUCCGGAAACAUUCUGGUGGGCAGCAGUAUUGGUCUGAAGCAUUAGAACAAAGUUUGAGUCCAGCGGCCGCUUUAAGACCAAGUUUUAUGUCCAGAAACAUGUCCUCGUUCCCCCUUCGGUUCUGCUUCGUUGCAGAAAGCGUUCUCUGAGAGCACUUUUUUGGGGGGGUCCAGUGAAGAGCUAUAAGGUGUGCUGACGUUGGGCAUCUAGAGGGUAUGGCAGCCUCCGAGGAUCUUGGCACGAGGGGAAGGAGAAUCUUGCAUCAGAAGCUAGAGAAGUUCCGGGGGAACUAUUUACCUGGGCUGGUUCCCUGGAAAGGAGAGAGAGCACUGGAGUGCUUCUGGUGUCUUUGCGUACUUGUCAAUAAUGCAAAUACCACCAGUAAGGCAUGGAGGCACUCCAGUAGGGCAAUGGGUACUCUACCCAACUUCAUAACCCAGGGAGAGAUCUUGUGCGCACACCCCCUGGGUGCUUCUGCCUAUUUCCAGGGGUUUGUGUUGCCACUGUCUUCAUCAGCAUAUUGACCAACUCAAGGCUGUCUUUUCACCUGUCCCCUCUUCUCAGUUGUGGUUGGUGGGGAAUCACCUCUUCCAAACUCUAGGUCCUUGACCAGGGACCUUCAGGGCCUUACUGAAAAGCAUUCCCAUUAUUUUGUUGUAAUCUCCUUCUCCGUAGGCCGGCUCCAUUGAUAACUCCUGGGCUUGUACUAUUCAUAACAGCUAAUGAAUUACUCCUCAGGGGACCCGCUGUCCAUGGCAGCCCGCAGUGCAAAGGCAGCCGCAUCUUGGCACGUGUGGACACUUUUAUGCGCCCCUGCUCAUGUCUGAGGAGGAGGAGGAGGCAACCUUCCCUUGCAUAACUCGGCAUUGAUCCCCUUUGUUCUGUAAUUUAUUUCAUUUUGCUGUCUGCACAAUAAAAAUUCAGU